CACAUCUGCUGGCAGAGAUGAAGCACACACAGGUGGCUCUGCUGCUCCUUGUGCAGGGCAUAUUCGCACAGGCAACCAUGGUGACAACGACAGACGUGACUCCUCCUGCCAGCACACUUCAAUAUCUGACCCAGCUUAAUGAGAAGACUACCAGCCAGCACACCUCCCCAAAGUUCUUUGCCAACGUGACUGGCUCUCUGGAUGACCACGGAAGUUGUCAGUGUUCUGUGUACUUGCCGGAUACCACCUUUCCUGUGCAGAAGGCCGAGCAAUUGCAAGUGAUAGCCACAACGCUCUUGCAGAAAUUUGAAGCAGAACUUUCUCAAGUUAAAGAGUAUUCAAAAAGGAUUGAACUGUAUCAACAGCAAAUUCUUAAUAUAACCAUCAGAGUGGAGCAUAUGGAACAGAGCAGCAUAUCUUACACAGAACUGGACUUCCAGUUAUUGAAAGUGGAAAUCAGUGACCUAGAAAGACUGGUCACUCAGCUGAAAUCCAGUGUUGUUGGAAGCAAUGUCGUCAUCGAUCAAAUAUAUUUGGAGAUCACAAAUCUAACUAUAUUGGUAAAUGAACUAGAAUCAAUGGACAAAAACAAUAUCCUUGCAAUACGUCGACAAAUUGUAUCCCUUCAGAAUCAAUUGAGAGAGUGCGAAGAGAGCAAAAACAAAACUACAGCACCCCCUUAUUUCCCACCAGGUAGCUGCACUCAUCGUGGACUGCUGAAUGUUAGCCAGCCCUAUGUUGUAAAGCUGAACUGGAAAGGAUUUUCCUACAAAUAUGGUUCCUGGGGUAGAGAUUAUUCUCCCUCCAACCCUGAGAAAGAAAUUUAUUGGGUUGCACCACUGAACACAGCUGGGAGAUAUUUUGACUAUUUUAGAAUUUAUGGUUCCUUUGAUGAUUUGCUGCUCUUUAAACCAAAGUAUGAAAGAACACUAAGCUAUGGGGAAGGAAGCGGUGCUGCUCUUUACAAUAAUUUUUUCUACUAUCAUGUUUAUGCUUCAUCAGAUAUAGCCAAGUAUGAUAUAGAUAGAAACAAUGUGGUUUUGCGUAAGGCCCUUCCCUCUGCUGCUGUUAGUAACCGUUUCUCAUAUGCAGGUGUAUCAUGGCAAGACAUAGAUUUUGCUGUGGAUGAAAGUGGGUUGUGGGUAAUUUAUUCAACAGAAAAUAGCAUGGGCAACAUUGUGAUUAGCAAACUCAAUGAGACCACACUUGAUGUGCUAAAUACUUGGCAGACAAGACAGUACAAGCCAUCUGUUUCCAAUGCUUUCAUGUUAUGUGGCGUUCUGUAUGCCACAAGGACACUGAGCACUAGGAAAGAGGAAAUCUUCUACAUGUAUGACACAAGUACUGGAGAAGAAGGUCGUGUUAGUGUCGUCAUGGAUAAAAAGUUAGACACAAUCCAGAGUCUUGCUUAUAACCCCACAGAUCAGAGACUAUAUGUUUACAAUGAUGGUUACCUUCUAAGGUACGAUGUGACCUUUCAGCUUUAGUAUCUCAGCAACACAAGCAUUCCAUGAAACUGGCAGUAGCAGAAAUAAGAGAUCUGAUAUGCCUUUAGACAAUGCUAUCAACACUACGGGGUUUGUUUAGUCUGAGGUACUGUGUCUCUGCGUGUUACAUAUAUUGCUUUGAUUACUCUCAUUUAAAGAACUGACCACCCUGAUCAGUUGUAUUAAUGACAUUGUGCUUGGCAGUACUGGGUUCUUCAGGUUUUGUUUGGUGUUUAUUGGUGCUUGAUGCUUUACAAUUGUCCUGCCCCUGAGGGCAGAUUUAUAGUGUAGAUGUAGAUUCUAUUUUGCUCAUGGAAAUUGAUGGGCAUAGGCUAUUUGCUGCCUGAGAAGCUAAUUAACCAGUGAUGGGCACUUACGUAACACAGACAUGGCACUCAGAAACCAAGAAUGAAUUUCCACCGAACUUUGUCAGGGUGUAUUGAGGCCUCAGCAAAUUAAUAGAAGCUUUAAAACAGUGUAGGAAGCAGGACUUGAUCUGAAGACAGCCACCCAUCUCUUGGGUGGAUGCAGAAGAAGCUGGGCUCAAGGCUUCAGGAUAGGGAGUGGAAAUGCACUUUGCUGUUCAGUCAUCCUGUGGGUAAGGAAGAGUAGGCAAUGGGACUGAGACAGCACAGAGCUCACUGUCCUUUCCAGAGCUGAUGCAGUGGGGCAGCUGCCAUGCCUGUGGCUGCCUCCCUGGACUUCAGCUCCCCCACCUCCCCCCCCCCCAAGCUGCCAGAGUACCAAGCAGGCUUCCUGGAGUGACUGUGGGGCCAAAAUUGCAGCACUGCUUUUGCUGUCCUCUCUUUCCUGUUUGUUGCCCUUAGCACCUCCUUGUGCAGAGGCCUGGCCUUAGGGAUGGUCUUACUGCAGUCUAGCCAUGUUUUGUGGCCACUGUGGCUCCACUUUCCUGGCACUGCAAGAAACACACUUUUCCACAGUUUUCCCUUCCUUUAUGCCCUUGUAAGCUGUUUCAAAUCCUUCUGUUGACUUUAUUGGCCACAGCCCAAUUAUAUAUAUAUCAUGCAUUGCCAUGGAAUGACAGGAGUGUUAUUUAAUGUGCCUCUAUUCAGCAGUUUUGCCAUUCUGCAAUUGGAUUUCUGAGAGCCUUGUUACUGUAGGGUCCAAUUCAUUCCCUGUGUAAUUCUGUCUUACAGUAAGGCAAGUGGUCUUGUGGAAAACAGAAGUCUGGUCAAACUAGUUGGAUAUGUGUUUGUUUUUUAAAUGGCUGGUGUGUAAUGGCUUUUGAAUGUGUGUACUGUAUCAAUGUCUUACCUUCAUCAUGUCAGAAAACAAGAUGAAAUACUGAAAUUCAGAAGUCUAUGAUGAAGAAAGCAGUUCAUGUCAUUCAUUUACUUCAGCUACCUUUGCAAACGUUUGUGUCUUCUGAUAAUCAAAAGCAAUACAUAUAAAUAACUAGUUUUGUUUUAAUUAAAAAAUAUUUUGAAGAA